AUGUCUGAAGAACUAUUUCAAUUAUAUUCUCCCGAACAAGUAAUGAUUGUUACCUCCCCACACUUUCAAUCGACGACUUCUGCUACCGACAACUCUACUGCUGCUUUAUUUAAUAAUCCUGCUGAAGAUUUUAUUAUUUAUUCUCAAGACACUAAUUAUACUCAAAGUUCAGAUAAUGGUCUUUUCUCAAACAUUUCUCAUGUUAUUCAUCAGCAGCCCAUUGUAGGGGAUUACGUAGCUGUCGAUUCUACUUUUAAUAGUCCUCAUAAUAGUCACAUCGAAUCACCUAUAAUAGAAGAUCUUUGUUACACCGAAAUUGACCAAUCGAUUCUAGCUCAAGCUUCGCCACACGGGAAUUCUAUAAACAACAAUCCGUCUUUGAGUUUCCCUACAAAUAACGUCUUCGUUUCUCCUCAAUCUCCUUUUACCGUAGCUACUCCUGUAGUAGGAAACGAUAUUAUUUUAAAUUCUCCUAUACCUUUGCUUGGAACUCCUCAACAACGACAGAGAUUGUAUAACGAUAUAAACGAGUUAAUUCGAACUCCGGGUACUCAUACUGUUACAACUCCCAUAGCAACUCCUUUAACUCUUUGGGAACCUUAUUAUUCGGAUUUUUCUUCGCUAGAGAAUACUCCAAUUCUCGCACCUCAAACUCCUGCCACUCCAUAUACUCCUUUACAAGUUGGUGAUCCUCAACUAUACGAUAAUAAUAUAGGUCAAGAUUGGUAUUCUUUAUUCCCUCCUUUUCAAUAUUGCGCUAUGCCUGAAAUUACUGUAGAGGGUGAAAAGAAACCUGAAAUUUCUGAAGUUACUAUGGGUACUCCAAAUAGUGCUACUUCAACUUCUGAAAAAUCUCCUUCAUUAAAUGUUCAUGAACAAACUUCAGAAUUGGACCACCAACUUUCUUCUACUAUUGAUACUAUUGAUGUUAAAAAUUCUGAAACAAAAUCCCCUACUCACUCUAGUGAUUCUGCUCAUACAACUCCUGCAAAUACCCCAAGGUUGGUUCCUAUUAGACCUCGUGAAUCCGGUGAAAAUUCUGAACCAAUUCGUCGUAGUAAACGUCAAAGAAGGAGUGGCUUUAUAUUUGAAGCAUGCCUUUUCGCCUUGCUUUCCGUUACGGAUAUAGGACGUUCUCAAAACAUGAAAAAGAAGAACGUUGCGAUGUCUCUUUUAACAAGUUCUAUUGGGUUCCCCUUCAUUUGA